GUCCCGGCUCCCCUCAAAAACUCGAGCGCGCAUGCGCGUUUGAAGAGUGUGGAGAAAAUGGCAGACGUCUCUCUUGAUGAAGUUAUACGACGGCGCCGUAUUAACGUCAAGACUGCAGCGAAAAGGCCAGCGUUUGGACGGGGUUUAGGAGGGGAUGGCAAAGGUUUUGAUGCCAGACAAAAGAUUGGAGUGAAUGAUGUAAGACAGAGGCUUGGAGGAGGCACAGGUUUUCAAGUGAAAGAUGCCAGAGAGAAGCUGGGGCAAAAGGAUGCUCGCUUCAAAAUCCGUGGCAGGGGAGGAGCAGGAGUGGUGCAGGACGCUCGUCAGAUGAUCAACUCACGCAAGCAGGGCCAGAAUCAGUUCACCGUCUCUGCACCGACCACACUAAAGACAGCAGUAACGCAGCAUUUACAGAGCCAGACGCAUGUGCCGCAGAUACAGAUACACACCAGCAACAAUCUCGCUGGUGUGAACACGAGGCAGUUUGCUUCUAAUGUACAAGGACCGAGUGCAAAGGCCAGCGCAGCGCCACAGCUGAGCAAUAAUGUAAGAAUGAUGGAUGCUCGUGAUAGGCUGAGCCUCAAGAGGAGCAUUGGAGCGACACAGACGCAAGCAGCAGCUGUACCACCUCUAAAGAUAACUAAGACCAUCCAGCAACGUCCAGUAGGGAUGUCAGGAGGAGUACGUGCAGCUACGGAGCCUACCUUAAAUGAGCAUGAUGGUGCCCCAAGUAAACAGUUAAAGAUCACAACUGCAAACAACAUGCUACAAUCACGGCCUGGUACAGCAGGCUCAACAUUCUCCAUGUCAGCCCCGAUCACCAAGGUGGUUAAAAAUGAUGCUUACACGGCCCCUCGUCCUGCUGCUCCCGUGGGUUCCGCUCGGCCCAACACCAGUCUGGCUGCCACACGGUCCUCAGCUGCAGCCUUACAGCCGGUAUCCAGGACUCUUCAGCAAACCACAGCAGAAACCAGUGCAACGGUUCCUGCUCCUCCUCAGCCUGCUUUUAGCCCUUUGGAGGGGACAAAAAUAACAGUGAACAACCUGCAUCCCCGAGUCACUGAGGAGGACAUAGUGGAGCUGUUCUGUGUGUGCGGUGCCUUGAAGCGAGCACGGCUGGUGAAGGUAGGCGUCGCUGAAGUGGUGUUUGUCCGUAAAGAGGACGCCGUGAGCGCGUACAGGAAGUACAACAAUCGCUGCUUGGACGGCCAACCCAUGAAGUGUAACCUUCAUAUUCAGGGAAAUGUCAUCACUUCUGAUCAGCCCAUUCUAUUGAGACUCAGCGAUACUCCCGGUACAGGCAGCAGCACAAAGAAAGAAGGUCUGCCCCCCUCUUUAUCUCGGCCCACGGGUCAGCGCUCCUCCUCUCAGCCCACCCCAGAGGUGGACCCUCAGACCAUCCUCAAAGCUCUCUUCAAGUCCACUACACAGUCACCCUCCACCACUGAGCCUCCCAGCUCACAGGCCACUGCCUUUCGCAUCAAGAUUUAGCCCGUGUCUAAUGUGAAAAUGCUGUCUGUUCAUGUUACUGCAUUCUCAGUGUUCCCAUUUUCAAACUGUGGUUUUCACAUUGACAGCAGGCAGCACACAUUCUCAUGAAACUGAUUUUUACAUAUUUGAUAUACAUAACUCCUGUAAACGUGAAAUUCAUAAUGCAUCCUUGUUUGAGUUAUAUGGUAUAAAAAGUCACCUGUUUUUUUUUUUUUUUUGUUUUGUUUUGUUUUUUGGGAAACAACUGUGGAAAGAAGUGUCAUGAUGUUUAAUCUGGUUUCCUGGUGGAGGGAGGAUGUACCAAAUGAAGUUGGAUGAGGUUUUUUUUUUUUAUUUUAUUUUAUUUUAGAAAUUGAAUCACAGUUUGAAUUUUUUUAAUAUUCCCAUCACUUGCCUCCAAAAUCCAAAAAAGGAGUUAAACAAAACAGCCAAAAAACUUUGGCUUAUUGGCAAUUGAGUUUCUUUAUCAUUACUGAGAGUUAUGUAAUAUUUAAGGUUGAAUAUUCAUGCAGGUGUCUUUAUAUUGUCAGUACUUCUCUUUGGGUUACCUGGGUGUGUACAAAGCAUAGGAAAAAACAAUAUACAGACCAAACAACACAAAGAAAAACAUGCCACGUCCGUCUUUUUAGGAAGGACCAUUAGGUUGUCUUCCCACAUCUUAACCUAAGUUGAGCCCAAAGAGAUGUCCUGCCAGCCAAAAUAACUGAAAAUACCUGCAAAUUGGGGUCCGGCAGAAACUAUAUAAUAACUUCAUUAAGCUCUCAAACAGACAUGUUGAUUUAUUUGUUUUUAACAUUCAGACUCAUGUUCUCUGGUUUUUGCUCAGUGGUCUAGAUUUGGAGCGAAACAUCUUUAAUUCUUUCUAUCAUUACGCUCGAUUUGUGUUGAAGGACUGUAAUUUACUUUCUGUUGCUUUCUUGGUAUGUCGUGCACGAGGAGACAAAAGUGGUAGGAUCUGUCUGAAAUGUCAUCAUUAAAUAUUUAGCUUUGUA